AUGAAACCUAUCUUUAUUUUAUGUUAUUCAUUAAAUGUUUUCCUUUUACAGGUAACUGAGGAGUACUUGCCUCUGUCAAGAAUCGGAUUUGAUAAAGAGGGACAUCCUGUACGAUUUUUCCAUUUUGGUCCUGCUGACAGUAAAGGUAUAUUGAAAUCCGCUAAAAAAAAUGACGUCAUUAAAACUAUCAUUUCAUGGUUUGAAGACGAUGUUAGAGUCAUGAAAGAACAAAGUAAAAAACUAGGAAAGCCAGUUCAACGAUGGACAUACAUAAUAGAUUUUCAAUCUUACACUUUCGCACAAGCAACCCAUAAACCUUCUCUCGAGUUCUUGCUGAAUGUAUUUCAAAUUUAUGAAGCAAACUAUCCUGAGAGAUUGAAAGCUGCAAUUAUUAUAAACACUUCGAUUUAUUUUAAUUUACUCUAUUCAGUUAUUAAACCUUUGCUGUCUGGUGCAACGGUGCAAAAAGUCUUCAUCUAUGGAAAAGAUGGAUGGAAGAAUGAUCUGUUAAAGUCCAUCGAUGACGAUGUCUUACCGGUAUAUCUUGGCGGUACAAGAACAGAUCCCGAUGGAGAUCCCAUGUGCUCUAAAUCUAUAAAGCUUGCAAAACCUGUACCGGAAGAACUUUAUUUGAUUAAGAGCAAGACCAGCAUCAGUUCACAGCCAGAUGCAAAGAAGUUGGUGGUAUCUCGUUUAUCCAAAGUGCAAUUACAGGUGUACGUGGAUCAGCCGGAAUCGGUGAUAGAGUGGGAAUUUGAGACAGAGACCAGAGACAUUGGUUUCGGACUCAUCUACAAGAAUGACAGAUCUGAAGCGGCGAAACCGGAGGAGCUUGUUCCCAAACAAAGAGUCGACGCCCAUCUCGUAUCAGAAGCCGGCAUGUUCAAGUGCCAUAAAUCCGGAAUUUAUGUUCUUGUUUUUGAUAACAGUUACAGUUGGAUUCAUCGAAAGGAAAUAUAUUGCAAAGUGUCCGUUAUCAGUCCUAUUGGUAAAGUGAUACCGUGCACAACGCUGUAGUCAUUUGUUUGAAUAUUAAUGUAACCCUUCAUCAGCACAUCAGGGACUACCAGAAUAUUUUAUAAUCAAUAUGUAAAUAAAGAAUAUUUUAUACUAA